GCGAACCCUCCAUGUCAGCUCCGUGCCGCUCUGAGCGGCUGCCCAUGUCGCCCUGGGCGAACCCUCCAUGUCAGCUCCGUGCCGCUCUGAGCGGCUGCCCAUGUCGCCCUGGGCGAACCCUCCAUGUCAGCUCCGUGCCGCUCUGAGCGGCUGCCCAUGUCGCCCUGGGCGAACCCUCCAUGUCAGCUCCGUGCCGCUCUGAGCGGCUGCCCAUGUCGCCCUGGGCGAACCCUCCAUGUCAGCUCCGUGCCGCUCUGAGCGGCUGCCCAUGUCGCCCUGGGCGAACCCUCCAUGUCAGCUCCGUGCCGCUCUGAGCGGCUGCCCAUGUCGCCCGUACCUAAAUCCGCUACUGAUUUUUGUCUCACAUGUCUUAUUCAACUAGUAUAUUUUUUAAAGUGUAAGAAUAAUAACUCGGCCAUAGUUGUUCUGAAAUGUUUAUUACUUGCCAACAUUUCACUCCCUCUGUUUAAUAUAACACACACUUAUUAAUUUCGGUUUCCUAUCCUGACGUGAAGUUUGUUCUAUAGUAAGUAUUUGAUUCCAUGUGUCACGGAAUGUAUUUGACUCAAGCCACAAACUUAAGGAAAUUAGCCACUACUAAUGUUUAUCCUCUACAAUAUGUGGUUAAUUUUCAGAUUGAGAGAAUUAGGUGAAAAUGAAGCGUUGCUUGUUUAAACAAGUGGAUUCAGGGAUGAAGUGUAGCUGGGCCUGGCUUAAGCUGGAGGCAACUAGAGAUGAAAGGAACAUCACACACUUUCCCUCUUUGGGAAAUAUGUUGUUUUUUCUUCUUAAGACUUUGAGUGUCAUUUGCAGUGAAGUCUAGGCAACCAAUAACAUUGGAUUGCUUUCUUUACAUUUUUUUUUUAGCUAUGAGUUCGGUUCAACAUGAACCACUUUGUAUUUUCCACACAGAGACUGAAAGAUCGUGUAGAUCAUAUUCUGUGUUUAAUUAGUUCAAAUCUGCAUUUCCUCCUAGCAGGGAUUUUUUUUUCUGCAUGUUUCAGCGCAACAACAAAAAAGUGUCACCUUUUUUUGGUCCCUCACCCGUUUGCAUCCCUGAAAAGGUGCUUGUGCAUUGAGAAGCACAUAACCACCGACGACGUUAACAAUAAGUAAUAAAAGAAGGCAUUUCUAAAAGCCUAUUUCACACCGUAGCCUGCUGAAUUCGUAACAUAACUUUACUUUCAUUUUGGCACAAAUAAAAAUGUGGUACUGAUUCUCCCGCGGAUUGACGUCUCAGCGUUAUCUCAAAUGAAGAGUUCUGUGUUCGACUUAGCAGCACUGAUUCUCCCCUGACUUGACGUUUCAACAUUUUGUCUCAAUGAAGAGUGCGGUGUUCAACCACGCAAGCGCAGUUAUAAGUCUGCUAGCGUUAGCAGCAGGCGGACUAGCAAUAUCCACCGUUGUAGUACGGAUGAAGCCUGAGCUGGAAUGUGCAGCUGGCUAGCUGUAGCUUUAGUCGUAGUGUCCCCUCGGAUAGCUGUCACUACGGAGCAAUACAGGCAGCCCAAUUCGGCUUUAUUUGUUUAACCAUUUUUAUUUUGAUCUGUUUUCAGAGCUGAUCUGAUUGUUUAAAAGACCAAUUACUGGAGAGAAAAAAUAAUAAUCAUACUUGGUCUGUCUGUAAACGCAGCCGGAGACGGAGAAGCUAGAGGCUGUGAACGUGUGAAGUUCAUCCCAGCUGUGUGCAGGUGUUCCUGGGCUAUGUAGCCAGACUUACCCCCUAGCAUGCUCCAGACCAACAACUACUCGCUGGUCCUUCUGGUCCAGCUGGGUCUGCUGACCUAUGACCUGUUCGUCAACUCCUUCAGCGAGCUGCUCAGGGCAGCGCCCGUCAUCCAGCUAGUGCUGUUCAUUAUCCAGGAUAUAGCCAUCCUGUUCAACGUGAUCAUCAUUCUGCUGAUGAUGUUCAACACCUACGUGUUCCAGGUCGGUCUGGUCUCUCUGCUUCUGGAGAGGUUUAAAGGCUUGCUGGUGCUGUCUGCCAUCUACCUCACUCUCAGCAUAUCCUUUCACUGCUGGGUAGUGAACCUGAGAUGGCUGGAAUCUAAUCGUUUCAUCUGGACGAACGGCCUGUGUGUCCUCUUCGUCUUCCAGAGGGUUGCUGCAGUGUUGUAUUUGUACGUUUACAAACGGACAGCAGAGUGUCUGGGCGACCCGCGGCUGUAUCAGGAUUCUGUCUGGCUGAGGGAUGCCUUCGCCAGAGCUCGUCAGUGAGAAGGAGGAAAUGGAAGGAACAAUUACCCCCCCCCCCCCAAGGACUUAUUACCAGGCGAGGCCUGCCAGGCUCUGUGGUGACUCACUUGCCUGGGUGAGCCAUGUUCGUUAGGCAUGAAAAUGAAUCAGGGAGGGACUCCCUGGCCUUGUCCAAUAAGAAAUGACCAUUAAACUGAAACGGGGGGGACUCCCUGGCCUUGUCCAAUAAGAAAUGACCAUUAAACUGAAACAGGGGGGACUCCCUGGCCUUGUCCAAUAAGAAAUUACCAUUAAACUGAAACAGGGAGGGACUCCCUGGCCUUGUCCAAUAAGAAAUGACCAUUAAACUGAAACAGGGGGGACUCCCUGGCCUUGUCCAAUAAGAAAUGACCAUUAAACUGAAACAGGGAGGGACUCCCUGGCCUUGUCCAAUAAGAAAUUACCUUUAUUGUUUUCCCGCUUCAAAACGGUUUGCCCAACUGAAAAUGACUGGGUCAGGAUGGAGCUGACGGAAAAGUGAGAAACAGCAAUGGGUUUGUACAGCAGGAUGGAUCAAGUCAAUGUACCACACUACACGAAUAUGGACUAAUGUUGUAACAAGUAGACAAGACACUAAAGGACAAUCUGAGGCAGACUUUUUUUUUUUAAACAGUACAUUCAUAAUGACAGCUAUUCAUUUAGUGUUUUUACUAAGAUGGAAUAAAUAUAGCUUCCCAAAUUGCACCCUAUUCCCUAAUAUAGUGCACUAAAUGGGGAAUGGAAUUUGGGAUGCACGCCUGGUUCUGUGAACAACAGUGUAUAAGAGUUGUUACUGGUUCCCUCUCAGGUGAGAGAGGGGAAGUCCUGGGGCUCGACUCAAUCCAGUCUGUGUUGUAGCAUCAAGGUAAUUUCCUGUUGAGCGCAACGUUUACCGUGAAGGAAGUCUACGCUAUAAUGCUGAUUGAAUGUAGCCUCUGGUUCAGUUUGUCCUGUAGAUAAGAUGUGCUGUUUACAAAGUUCAAAUUUUCAAUCCAACACUUUUUAUAUAUUUUUUAUUUUAUAUAAAAAAAAAUGCCGGUU